AUGAACGUUCCCGCUGAGGUAUAGUUUUAAGAUACAAUAACGAAAAUGUAAGAUAAUACGAAAAUCAACAAAACGUAUAGCAGGCGAAAAAAAAGGAAAGAUAGGAGAGAAACGAAAAAAAAAAAUCAUGAAAAAAUUUUGAACUGAGGAUUUUGGCGCCUUUUCAUUCGAUUUGCAAACGCCGCAUCGUUUUCUCCGCAGAUAGGACACGGCCAUUUCUUUCAAGUUCAAUUUUUAUUUUUGUACUAGAAGCUUGAUGCCGUGUUCAAAGUAAUUUCCGCGAAAUGCAAAAUGGUCUCUGACUCUCCAAAAUUUAGUGAUCUUUUCCUUUCUCUAACGGGUAUUUUGCAUUUCGCGGAAAUUACUUUGAACACGGCAUGAAUUUUCAAUUGUGCAAUUCUUGUUCAGGAUGAUGCUAAAUGUGUAGGCGUCAAAUUGAAAUCGAAACCUCAUAAGACGGCUCAGCUCUCUCCGCAGCAAGAAAUUUUAACACCGCCCGUAUCUGAAGUCAAGGUUUUAAUGCAAUUGCAACACUUGUUUCCUAAAGUAUAUAUUUUAGCAUACCAGUCGUGGCUCAGAAUCUCUCCACGGAACAUCCGAAAAUGUGACGCUGCAUAGCUCUUUUUCUGGAGAGGAACAGUCCAUUUCGAAUGACAAGGUUGAAGGAAAGGUUUUUCAUGAGAUUUUAUUUAUUUCAGAAGCUUGUUGAACUUCUCCGAGAACGUAAUCAGAUCUCUACCCUUCCUGGUGGCGAAAAGUUGGACAACCUGAAAAAAUUGCUUGACAAAGGUUUUUGAAUCUUUCUGUGAUGAUUUUAUUUAUUUUCUUUCAGAGAUUGCAAGUUUAUCUUUGAAAGCGAGAGACGAAGAAAUUUACGAUGAAAAUCGAGUUUCCAUUGAGACGAGGUCGGAAGAGAAAAAAAUAAUGGUUUCUGAAACACUUAUCGUUCCAGUUGAUAAAUAUCCAAGGGUUCGUAAAAGUUUGAAUUUUUUUUUUCAAUAUAUGACUUACAGUACAAUUUUGUUGGGCGAAUCUUGGGACCCCGGGGAAUGACUGCGAAACAAUUGGAGAGGGACACUGGCUGCAAGAUUUUUGUCCGAGGAAGAAACACUGCGAAACAAGUUUUGAAAAUGAGAGAGGAAAUCUGAUCGGAACAUUAGAAUGGACAGGGAAACGUUGGUACGAGUCCAAUCUCUCAGAAUUCGACGACCAACGAACCGUUGAAUAUUUACAUUGAGAGCUGUGAUUUUCCGAAGAAAGCCGAGCAAAAACUCGCCAACGCCGUGUCGAUCGUCAAGCAGCUGUUGUCUCCGCCGGUCGGUUUCAGGAAGAAAACGUUUUUGAAAAUGAAUUUUUUUGAAGCUUUUUUUUUUCAUUUUUUCAUUUUUUGCUCUGAAAAAAUGGCUCCAAAGAUGGAUUUUCAUGUCUCAGGCUGAUGGUAAAGAUGAGCUGAAACGGAAGCAGUUGGUCGACAUUGCCAUCAUCAACGGAACUUUCCGUCCAACUCCAGCCACAGCUUUUGCUCUGCGUUAGUUUCAAAGAAAAAAAUCCCGGUAACCCAGAAUUUUCAGAAAAGCCGCCAGCGCAGGCCUCGUCGCACCUAAGCACCCCGUCGACGACGGAGGAAACGAAUCCGCGUCGCCCGGCCGUCUACAGGAUUCCGCAGCAGGAGCGUUCGUGGCUGUCGCCGUUCUUCGACGCGACUCCGCCCCACACGCGACGCCCCUCUUCGCGACAACUCGUGUCGCAGAUCGUCACGCAGACGCGACGUGCCAGCGACAGCGUCGUCGCCGAAUCGUCUGCAACGUCUCCACUCUCUUCUGAAGCCAUCGACGAGUCGCUCAAGUGUGUCUGGAAGUUGUAGACCCUUCUUUUUUCUCUUCUCCUCCUGUUCUCUCUCGUUUCCGACAUGGCCUAUCCUACUGACUAAUAAAUUUGGUCCUCUUUUAUGAAAGAUUUGUAUUGAUUUGAAUGGUACUGUGAAGUAGAAAUGUUUUACAGAGUUGCCAAUAGUCUGCUCAAUUCGCACAAACUUGUCCCCAACGUACAUUAUCCGGCUCGGAUUCGCAAUAUCGCCCGAGUGCAACCGACUCCGGCCAGGUUUUGUAAAAAACUCGAUAUCGAGAAGAUGUUUCGAAACAUUCAAAAAGGCUUCAGCCGCUUUUUCCAAAAUAAGAACUUCGACUCUUUUUCAAAAUUACAGUAGAAUUAGUUUCUGAGGAGAAAAUAAUAAGUAUGGGAUCUUCAUUUUUAUAAUUUAAAAAAAUCUAUUCGAUACCAAAAAAGCGCCUUUUCCAGAUCAACUCAUGCCAAUCGCGCUCCUUUUUGGCUUUUUUGA